GCUAGCGCCGGCUGGCAGAGCGGCGCCGAGGGGCGCCCCGCGGGGUCCGGCUGGGCGGGCGGCGAAGGCCUUGCCACAGCUAAAGGGGGCGCACUCCCUGCCCGGGGGCUCCAGGUCCGGCCCCCACCACCCUACUCCUCCUCGGCUCUAGGCCGCGCCCCUGAACCGCGUGGCCCCGUAGGCCUUCGCGGCCCCGCGGAGGGCAACUUUGAGAAAAAUGGCGCUGUCAGCCCAACAGAUACACAGAUGGCUCAACUCAGUUAAGUUGAGUAGCUUCAUGACUGCUCUGCAACUCAGAAAAGGUUUUCAGAGACCAGGAAAAGCAUUGUCGUGUGGCAUUUUUGCUCAGCCCCGUGUGUCCUCUGAGGAUUGCUUUCUCCAGUGGGGUUUUAGGACUUACAGGACUUCCUCUACAUGGAAUAGUUCCCAGUCCGCCAACCCAAGUAGGCGAGAGAUUAAUUGUGCCCAAAGCACUUUGCUUCCUUCCGUGAAUGAGCCGCCACAGAAGACGCAAAAGAUGCCUGGCCUUGAUCCUGAGCUGUCCCUAGAAGGACUGGACGAUGUGCCUCCGUUGUCCCCAUUGCAGCCGAUUUCUGACGAGGAGGCUGUUCAGAUUAUCGCAGGCCCUCCAUUGCCCCCAUCUUCAGUCACACUUCGAGAUUAUGUGGAUCAUUCCGAGACUCUGAGGAAAUUAGUGCUUCUAGGAGUGGAUUUAUCCAAGAUAGAAAAACAUCCCGCUGCAGCCAACCUCCUCCUGCGACUGGAUUUUGAAAAAGACAUUAAGCAAAUGCUCCUGUUUCUUAAAGAUUUGGGCAUAGAGGACACCCAACUGGGACCAUUCCUGACAAAAAACUAUGCCAUUUUCUCUGAAGACCUUGAAAAUCUGAAGACCAGGGUGGCUUAUCUACAGUCAAAAAAUUUCAGUAAGGCGGAUAUUGCACAGAUGGUCAGAAAUGCACCAUUCCUUCUGAGUUUUUCAGUGGAGAGACUGGAUAACAGACUGGGAUUUUUUCAGAAAGAACUUGAACUUAGUGUGAAGAAGACUAGAGAUCUGGUAAUUCGUCUCCCACGGCUACUAACUGGAAGUCUGGAGCCUGUGAAGGAAAACCUGAAGGUUUUUCAGCUGGAACUAGGUUUUCAGCAGAAUGAAAUUCAACACAUGAUCACCAAGAUCCCGAAGAUGCUAACUGCAAAUAAAAGGAAACUGACCGAGACUUUCGACUACGUGCACAACGUGAUGCGCGUGCCCCACCACCUCAUGGUCAGGUUCCCGCAGGUAUUUAAUACAAGGUUGUUUAAAGUCAAAGAAAGACAUUUGUUUCUUGCCUAUUUAGGAAGAGCACAGUAUGACCCGACAAAACCUAACUACAUCUCUUUAGACAAAUUGGUAUCUGUGCCUGAUGGAAUAUUUUGUGAAGGGAUGGCCAAGGCAUCAGUAAAAGACUUCGAGAAAUUCUUAAAAACUCUUUAGUUUUUGAUGAAUGUUAAAAUGUAAUAAUGUAA